AUGGCAUUUUCGCCGCGCGCUUCCUCCUUGGUGCCUCCCGCUUUCUUAUCAAAUUUCGAUUCUUUCUCUUCCUCUUCUUCGCUGCCGCCCGCGGCCGGGUACCCUCUUUACGAAACCGACGCAGAUCUUCUUGACUCGUUCUUCUCUCCGCCUUCGCCUCUCUCGACGCACAAGCCGCUCGAACCUCCUUCUGCCUCAGCGCCGCCCCCCUCCUUCCCGUCCCACACUUCGCCCGCAUAUGUCUCCCUUCCUGUUUCUUCGGCGGCGUUUUCCUCUACGUCCGCUCCUUCCUCUUCCUCUUCUUCCUCUUCUUCGUCUUGUUGCUCCUCCUCGUCUUCCUCGUCUUCCUCUUCGCCAUCUUCGUCUGCUCCUGUCUUCUCUUCUUGCUCCUGCGCACCUUCCUCUUCGUCUGCUGCCUCCUCCUUAUCGUGUCCUUCUUCGUCCUCCUCUUCUUCCUUACCGUCUGUGCCCACUCCUUCCGGCGCGUGGCAACCCGCCGUCGCCUUCUCGUCGUGGACCUCUCCGCUUCUGCCGCAAGUGAACGAAGACUGCGAAGUCCGUCUCGCUGCGCAGACUCGCCCGUGGGGCGUGGAGAGCUCGCGGCUUGCGGCAGAGGACGACUCGGCUUUCGACUUCUCUGCUGCGCGCGGGCUGUGGACAGGCGCGACUCCGCGCAGCCUCCACGAGAGCGAGGCGCCUGCAGAGGCUGCUGAGCUGCAAGGCUGUGAAGACGAAAACCAGGGAUGCCCCAGGCGAGCCGAGGAAGUUGACCGUCACGACGAAGUCGCGUCUCCCAGCGCGCGCGUUUGCUCGCAAAUGGGCGCUGGACAUGCGUCGAUCUGUGGAGCGCUGCAAGCAGCCCCUCAGCCGUGGAAGAAUCUUCGAAUUUUGAACCUGCAUUGCAACCGACUGACAUCGCUCGCCGGCAUUGAAAGCCUGCAGCUACUUGAGGAGCUAGUCGCGUCAGCGAAUGAAAUUCGUCGCUUGGAAGGUCUGCGAGGGCUCAAGAAACUCCGGGUGCUUGACCUCUCUGCGAAUAAGCUCUCGGAUGUCGUCGGCCUAUGCGGCCUCACUUCGCUUGUCUGUCUGGCGCUGGCGUUCAAUCGCAUCGAGACGCUCGACGGGUUCCAGCACAUCUGGGGACCGGGCUACAGGUUGGAGCGUCUGGAUCUGCGCGGCAACUGCGUGGGCGACUUCCGCCAGCUGCUUCACCUCGCGGGGCUGCAUGCGCUGCGCCGCCUUCGCCUGGGAGACGGGGAGGACGCGGCGGCGGCCUUUCUGGGGCGCCUUCCCGCGUCCGAGGACGCGCGCCGGCGGGCGCUUCUCGCGGGGGGAAACCGCAUCUGCUUCGGCCGCAGGUACCGGGAGUGUGUCUUCUUCAGCUGCCCUUCGCUCUCUCAUCUCGAUGGGCGCGAGGGGCGUGAAGCGAGGCGCGCAGAGGGUCCCAGCGAAGAGGCCGUCCUCGCGGACUCGCUCGGCGUCGCAGGCGGCCCCAUCGACCUCGCGGUGGAACAACUGGCGCUCGAAAACGCGCUGCGUCUCGUAGAGCCCGACGCCGCGCGGAACUCGCCAGCUAGCGGGUCGCCUUCUUUCAGCUGCGAGGGCGCUGGCGACGUGCCGCGGCAGCUUCGCGCUGUGCAGGCGCCUGGGGGAAACCGCGUAGAGAAUUCGAGACCGCCCGCGAGCGUCUCCGCCCCAGCGCGCUGCGAGAGGGCGCCUGAGACGGCGAAGCGAAGAUCCGAAGAGGAGGAAGCGCGAGCGGCCCUCCGCCGCUCUCUGCCGCUGCCAUGCAUGCGACAGAAACAGAAACUUCAGGGCCCGUCGGAGACUGUGCAGGAAGCCUCUUCUUCCGCCUCCUCUUCUUCCGCGUCCGCGGCGUGCGCGCGGAGUGCGUCAGCGAGUCGAGGGGGGUGGGCGGAGACGCAGCUCAACGCAGAGAGGCGGGCAGACGCGCGCGACGCAGACGCCAGCGCGAGCGGACCGGCAAAGCUGCAGGAAGGAGGCGCCGACUCGGAUGCGCGCGGGGUUGAAAUAUCGAAAGAGACAGGGCGGCGCGCGGAGGACAGAGACGAGGAGAGAGCGGAAGACGGGCGGGCGCCUGAGGGUCCUCUUGCUCCCUUUCCGGUGGAUGUAGCUUCCCUGAGUCACGCGCUGCAUUCACUGUCCCUUGCGGCGGCAGCGACCACGGCUUCGACGCCGCCCGCGCUCCUCUCUGCGCUUCUCGCGGCGCUUUCUCUCCAUCAGCUUCCCCUCUCGCCGGCCUCAGCCCCCGGGGCGCUGCCUCGCAUUCCAGCCGCCUCCGCUCAGUCUUCACUCGAUGCCCGCGCGGCGACGGCAGACGAGCGACUGAGGCUCUCCAUGCAGCUUCUUCUCCCCGUGCUGCAGAGCGAGGAGACGCUACCGGCGCUCUUCGCUCUGUUUCAGCGGGCUGCGUGCGCGGGUUCGCGGUGUGGGGAGGGACACGGCCUUGCGCCACGGAGCACUGGCGACGCGGCGCAGGAGCGGCUGAGGCGCGCGAGCGAGCCGAGAAGAAGUCGGCGACUUGACGGGUGUAUGCGGAGAGCGCGAGACCGCGGGGCGAGUGGAAGGCCGCGGCGGGGGAGCGCCGAGGCCGAAGGUGACUCUAGAGAUGAGGGGGUGAAGACAGACGCGGAGGCGAGACCCUCGACAGUGGUGGAAGAGGACGCGUCGCGGAUGUCCCGCGCGAAGCCCCACAGAGAGCAGGACGGGGGUGGAGAUGCCUCCUGCUUCGAAGAAGAGUGCAGAGGCCGCCAGCGGCGCAAGAGAGACGCAGCGCUGCUCGCGGGCCUCGCACGCAUCGAGGCGGAGCUCGAAAAGAAGGAUAAAGAGCGAAAGGCGCUGAACCUUGCCCUCGAGGAGACGCGCGCCGCGCUGAGAGACGCGAACGCCGCGCUUCUCCGCAAGGAAGAGGAGAAUCGAGAGAACCGCGCGUUGUGUUCGCAGACGCGGCGUAUCGACUCUUCAGAGUCGCCUGACCGUUCAGGAGCCGCGGCCGAGUCUCCCUCCUCCCAGGGGCGAUGGGCGCGCUCUCCGGAGUCGCGCAGCAGAAGGCGAACGCGCAGAAUGCAGUCCGCAUGGGCGGAGAGAGCUCGAAACUUUAAACCCGCCCGAGGGCGCGCCUCGAGCGUCACGCAGCCACGCUGUGCCGUAUCGGAUGCCACGAGCGGGUUCAACAGGCCGCGAAGCGAAAGCUGCCCAGCGUGCAACAUCGACAUUGAAGUUCUCCAGGCCGCAGGCGUCAGCGCCGGCGACGCCACAGCCUGUCGCCUGCCCCUGUCCCUUCUCACGGCGUCUGAGUGGGGAGAGGCGGGCGAGAGUCUCAGUCAGGAGCGAGAGCAGGGCGAGGGCGCAUGGCGCGCGGGCUGCGGAGAAAGCCAGAAAGAGCGGCGCAGGCGGGAAAAGGCCCCAGUUCGGACUGUCGACCGCAUGCAGCAGACCGAGGAGACGCAGGCGACGCGAAGCGAGUGGAUGGAGCGUCUUCAGGCCGCGGAGGAGUCCGCGAGGACCUUCGCGCUCCAGCUGCAGCGGAGCAAACAAGAUGCGCUGGAAAAAGAGAAACUCGAAACAGAAGUUGCGGCGCUGCGCGCGCGACACCAAGGUCUGCAGUGUACGUACACCGCGCUCGAGGAGAGGCUGCGAGAAAAGGAGAGAGAAGAGGAUGCGCGGAGACAGGCGAAGGACGAAGAGGACAAGCUGCGCGAACGCGACAGAAAAGAAGUAGCGGCUCGCGCCGCGCAUGCGGAGGCCAGGCAGGAAUCGCUGGAGAAGGAAGCUGAGUCUCUGCGCGAGGCGCUUCGGGAUGCGCGGCGCGAUGCAGAGAAGGCUAAGGAGCGAACAGACAAAAGAACGCGAAGCCUGAUGGAAAAACACGAAAAAGAAAAGACGACGCGUGAGCAGGAGUUCCGUAAGCAGCUGCGACAGCUCGAAGACGCCUUCAAGGAGACACUCCAACAAUGCCGCAGGGAGCACCUGGCUGCCGAGGACGCUUUCCGCGCGCGGUUCCGCGAGAGGGAGCGGGAGGAGGAGAAAACGCUGCAGAUGCUGAGAGACGAAAAACGCACCACCGAUGAGCAAGAGCGCCUUCUGCGCGCGGCGGCGCGACAGGAAGAAGAGGCGAACCGCGCGAUUCAGAAACUCGCUGACAAGCUCGAGGAGGCUUCGAGGGAGACGCAGGCGCUUUGCAGGGAAAAGGAGCGCCUCGCAGAUCGCCUGGCGCAUGCUCAAAGCGAGUCGGCGAGGGAUGACGAAGAGCUUCGGCAGGCGCGCGUCCUCCUGCAGCAGCUGCGCGGGGACUUUCAAACGUUUAGGGAGACCUGCGUGUCGCGUGAGCGAUUCGAGCUCUCUGAGAAGGCCCGCGACCAGGCGGAGAGGCAACUCAUAGGCGUGAAAGCGAGGGAUGCGCAGCACGAGGAGACGGCGAAGGCGCUCCGCGAGGCGCGGGAGAAGGAAAAGCGGGUCGCGGAUGCGCUCAGGGAAGCGAAUCUGACGCUGAGCUUGAAGGAAAAAAUGUUUAGAACGCAAGAAGAGCAACUUGACAACCUGCGAAAUCAACUCAAGACGAAGGAAGAGGCCCUCGAGGAGAUGGCCGCGCGACUCAAGAAGAAAGAAAAAGACACAGAGAAAAAACUCCAAGAAUACGCCGACCGAGCGCAUGACUGGCGAGGCAAGUACGAGGAGGAAGUUGCGCCUUUGCGUCGGGCGCUGGAGGAGAGAGAGAAGACGUUUGAGGAGCUUCACAGCGCACACGCGGAGCUGGAAAGGAAGUUCCUCUCGCAGCAGGCGGCGCUCGAGUACGCACAGGAGGAGCUGCAGGCGCUCACGGCCUCCGUCGCGGAGAAGCGUGAGCGCGAAAAGGCUGAGCUGGAGCGCGUCUGGCGCCUGGAACACGAAGAGGCGACCCGCGCGCUGGCUGGGCAGCUGAAGGCCGCCGAGGAGACGGUACUGCGGCUGCGCGCCGAGGCCCGAGAGCGCGAGAGGGAGGGCGAGCGCCUGCGAGAGCGGCUGGAAGAAACGAAGAAGAAGAAGAAGGAACGCGACAUGGAGAUGCGGAUUCUACUCGAACUCGAAGAAAAAAAAAAGGCCCACGCCGCCGAAACCGUCAAGCAAAUGGACGGCCUCCUCAGGCAACUUGAAAAAGAAUGCAGUGGAAAGCGAACCGCGAAAUAA